AUGGCAAGAAAGUCUGGAUCGAAAAAUCAGGGGAACAAGCAUGGAAAUGGUAAGUCGAAACCUCGAGGUCCAUCAUUUGACUCUCAAGCUCUGAUAACUCGCUCAUUGGAGGAAGUUCUUGGGGUGGAAGCGAUUGAUUUUGGCAUUGAGAAUGAAGUGCUGACGCCUAAAUUGAGUUUGCACCAACUCCAAAUUCGUUCUGAAUUGCGACAUUCUUUCAAUGAUUACUUGCAAUCAAUACACAAUUCCAAUGUUAGGAAUAAUGUUGAAUCUCUGGAUGUGAGUGAUGGUGAUCCUAUUUUUGAGACUGAGUCUAAUAAUCCUGUAGAAAUUGAGUUGGAAGAUAUUCAGGAAGAGGUUGAGUUUUGGAUGUCAGUUGUAGUUUGUUAUGUUGUGGGUGCUAAUCCUCCAAUUAAUGUUAUGGAGGGAUUCAUUAGGCGCAUCUGGAAACAUUUAAAUGUUGACAAAGUGGUUAUGGUGAAGAGGGGUGUAUUCAUUGUUAGAUUCUUCACCAUGGACUCGAGGGAUAAGGUCUUAGAUGGCCACUACUUCUUUGAUAGCAAACCCCUAAAAAUGACGCCAUGGAAUUCUGAUAUGGACAUGGACAAAGAGGAGGUGAAAUCUGUGCCUAUUUGGGUGCAAUUGAAGCUUGGUUUCAAAUACUGGGGGGAGAGAGCUCUAUUCAAAAUCAUUAGCCAAAUAGGGAAACCUAUUAAGAGGGAUCAAGCUACAAUAAAAAGGGACAAGUUGCAAUUUGUUAGGUUAUGA